AUGAAGAAUUUGAGGUUGCUCCAGAUCAACAAUUGUCAUCUCACGGGACGCUUUGAGCUUCUUUCCAAAGAGCUAAGAUGGCUAUGUUGGCAUAACUGCCAAUUGAAAAUUCUACCGCAAAACUUUCAUCUAGAGAACCUUGUUGUGCUUGACUUGCAGCAUAGUAAUUUUAAAGAAGUGUGGAAGGAGAACAGGGUAUUCAACAAGUUGAAAGUCCUUAAUCUCAGCUAUUCCAAAAAUCUCUACAAAUCACCAUGCUUCUCACAAGUCCCACAUCUAGAGAUGCUAGUUCUGGAAGGUUGCAUUAACUUGUUUGAGCUUCAUGACUCUAUUGAAAAGUUACCAGAGAAUUUGGGGAAUAUGAUGGCUUUGAAAGAGGUAUUUAUAGGAGGAACUGCCAUUAAGCAACUCCCAUCGUCCUUGAGUUUUUUGAUAAAUUGGAAAGGCUUAUCCUUAUCUGAAUACAAAGAAUUCUCAGAAUCUUGGCUAUCACGUUUCUUAUCGUGGAUAUCACCAAGAAGUUUGAAUCCCAUAACUUUGCUACGAGCUUCUGUUUGUGGAUUUGGCACUUUGGGAAAACUAAUUCUUGGGGAUUGCAAUUUGUCUGAAGAUAAGAUUCCCCUUGAUCUUGGGGCAUUCUCUUCCCUCAAAGACUUGGAUUUAUCAGAAAACAAUUUUCGUAUCCUACCCGAUAGCAUCAGUGGCCUUUCUAAAUUACAAAAUCUGUAUUUAGCUCAAUGCAAAUCUCUUUACUCGAUUUCAGGACUCCCUGCAAAUAUGGAGACCCUAUUUGCAAUGGGCUGCUCAUCAUUGGAAACACUCUCAUUUUCCUCGAGUUCUGAGUUAGUUGUACUUUCCCUCGGUGACUGUCGCAACCUGGUUGAUAUUCAAGGCUUAAACUUAGAAUCUAACAUACAAGUUGAUUUGGUUGGGUGCAACAAUUUGUCAUCUGAUUUUAGCGAGAGUGUUCUUCAGAUUCCAAAUUGGUUCAGCAAUCAGGAAAUGGGAUCUUCCAUAUCGUUUCAUGUACCUUUGCUUUCAAAGGGUGAUUUUCGUAUAUUAUAUAUUUGUGCUGUUUAUACAUGCAUAGAAACAUUUCAUAUGCCGUGGUUAGAAGAUAACUGUAUCGAAUGGCCUCGAAUCAAGAUGGCAGUUCACAAUAAAACCAAAGGUUACCAACAGGUUAUUCUUCCAGCUGCACCAAGUCCCUUGCGUUGGAGCUAUUCAGAUAAUUUGUUUCUAUUCCGGUGGUCUAUUUUAAGAAACAAGUUUGUGAUGCUUGGUAACUCUUUCAAGAUAAUGGAGCUAGUAAGUGGAGACGAAAUCGAGUUUUCCUUUGAUUUAGGGGCAUUUGCUGAGGUGAAGAAGUGUGGAGUUCAUGUCUUGGUUGAUGCCCCAAACAUAAUGGACAAAAAUGCAAGUGAUAUCCAAUAUAUCUGUUCUGAUGCUGUUGCUGAUAGGGUAUCUGAGGAUGAUGCUUUUGUAGUUGAUGAGGUCUCUGAAUCAGGUUUUUCUAUUGAUAGUAAGGUCAGUGAAGUUGAUCAUAUUAGUACAAAGGAUGAGAUCUUUGAAAGGGAUGUUGCUACAAAUGGUGUGGUCUUUGAAGGCCAUGUUGCUACAGGUGGUAAAGUCCCUCAACGUGAUACCACCACAGAUGAUGAGGUAUCUGUGCAGUUCUAUUCGACAAAUCUAAGUGAUCACAUCACUAGUCCAGGUUACAAUUCUCUCAAAUAG